UGAAUGUAAUAAGCCGUUAAGUGAAUCGUGCAAUAACUGUUUCUUUGUUCUACCUCAUAAACGCAUUAGUCUUCAGUUUAUUCGGGCUGUGUUGGUGUCGGUCGUCUCACCGCGCAGAUCAGCUCAGCCGCCGGCGCUAUCCGUUCGUCACAUCGGCGGCGUCCCUCCUUCGCGGCCUCUCGGAGCGCGGCCAGCCGGCCACCAUGUUCCACAUGCAGCGUCAGGAGCGGUCUGUGUCGGCCUACUCGCAGGCGCUGGAGCACCGCGAGCAGGGCGACACGCUGCGCGGACGGCUCACCGCCGAGGCCGACAGGAUUCUCAAGUGGAAGGUGUCGGCUGAGAUCUGUCGGCAGCAGCAGCAGACGCAGCUGCGCGAGGCGCAGGAGCAGCAGCAGGCACAGGACGAGCGGCUGCGGCAGCUGCAGGAAGCGCACAGCGCCUCGCAGGGCGCGCUGCGCCAGCAACGGCAGCCGCGAGAAGCGGCUGGUGGCUGA